GCGUUCCGCGUGGGGAUGCUCCAAAUCAGAGGACCCAAGCUGAGGACUCUGAACCAAGCCUUCUCGCCUCGUUUCCUCCCCCCCCCGCCCCCCGCACGCCCCUUGUCCUCGCGACCCCGUGCCACAGCGUCUCCCAGCCUCUCCCUCCAGCCACCUGCGUGUGUGCGCGAUUGUCACGCAGCAAGGAGGGGCUGGAAAGAGCUCAGUCCCCUGGGCGCUCCCAGGAGAGACCGAAACUACAACUCCCGUCACGCCCCGCGGCCCGCUCCCUCCUCCUCCCCUCCCCCCUCCUCCCGCGGCCAGCGGCCGGCAGGCUCCGCGCUUUUAUCUGCGGACCGGCGGGAGGGAGUCAGGUCCGGGCGGUCUCCCCCUUCCCGAGUGCUCUGCCCGGCGGCGGCGGCGGCGGCGGCGGCGGCUCGAAGCCGAGUUUUGCCUCCGCGUCCCCGCCAGCCCCGAGCCCGCUGGGGCAGACGGUCCGUCCCGGCGUGCGAGAGGAUGGUGAUCCGCGUGUUCAUCGCCUCCUCCUCGGGUUUCGUGGCGAUAAAGAAGCAGCAGCAGGAUGUGGUUAGAUUUCUGGAAGCCAACAAGAUAGAGUUUGAGGAGGUGGAUAUCACAAUGUCAGAAGAACAGAGACAAUGGAUGUACAAAAACAUCCCCCCAGAAAAGAAGCCCGCUCAGGGCAACCCUCUGCCACCUCAGAUAUUUAAUGGUGACCGAUACUGUGGGGAUUAUGACAGUUUUUUUGAAGCAAAGGAAAGCAACACAGUCUAUUCAUUCUUAGGCCUGAAAUCACGGUUGGCAUCAAAGGCAGAACCUUAGAGAAGACAAGUGGAAGAUUACGGAGAUGCAUUUUGGAGCGCCCCCUGGUACUCAGCACACACCUGCUUACCCAAUGCAUCACUGUGACUAAAGCCACAUGCAUCAACAGUAACUUUGCUUGCCAUGGAAAAGGUGUUUUUGGAAGACGUGGGUAUAAUGGGAUUGCAUGAUUGCUUUAAACCAAAUCAGGACUGUGGUGUGUUUUUUCUUAUUUUCAGAAUUGCCUGCAGUUGCCUCAUUCACCUGGAGGUACUCUGACCUGUUACAGGUGUGCUUCCUUAAUAACUGAAAGAUAAGUGGGUGGCACCAUUGGAGAGAAAAUGUUGGAUCUGCCCUAGGUUGUAGUUGAUGCCAGUAUUGCUCAGACCUGCCUCUCUUUAAGUUGCCUGGAUUGUAUCCUUGAAAUUAGUUUGCCAGGCUAUCAGAAAUUUUUGAUCAGAAAGAAAAAAAGCAAUGCUGGUUGACAAAGGGCUAAAGAUUUUUGCUGCAAAAGUCACAUACAUCACUAUUCCAGUGCUUUGUAAUAGCACCUAUAGAAAAAGAUGUUCUAACCACCUUUGGCAGAGGACACUCUUCUUUCCAUAAAUCCCCCAAAGUCAUACAGAUGUUUAAAAAAAAAAAAAAAAACACUGUUGCAACAAGGACCAAGCUACAAGGUUAAAAAUAGUUGGUAUUUUAAAAAAUAUAGGCUUCUUUAUCUCUUGCAAAGGAAAAAUUUCAUUUAAAUGUAGAAGACAGCUUAAAAGGUAUAUUUUAGGAGGUGUACUAAUUAGAUAGCAAAUUUAUAGUGAAAUGAUCCGACUCCUCUCUAAAGGGAUUUUCAGCUCUAGCAACGUAUUUAUGCACAAGUAACAUAUUUUUAAAUGCAGCUUCCCUAACUAACAGCUGCUUGUUCUAUUUUGUGAAUGAAUUAUAUUUUUUUGAGAAAGGAAGAUCUUUAGUUAGAUAUAUUUUUGAACCCACACUAAAAGAUACUAAUAUUGGGGUACAAUUUCAUUUUUUUUCCUCUGUUGCUUUUCACUGGACAUCUAACUGCUCAUAUUUCUGGCCAAUGUACAGUCCCAGGUUUUUCAGAGUAAUGUAGAUACGUGUUCUCAUUCCAUAUAUGGAUACCAGUGAGCUUUCAGAGCAGUCUUGUGAGAAAGGCGGUGUCAGAGAAUAGCUCUGAAUUGUACUUGGCAUGUAGAAUCUCCACUCUCUUUGGAGUGGAUACUGAACAUGUCUACUUCAUUAGGGCAGAGGCUACUUUUCUCCAUCCUUAUCCCUGCUUACAGUCUUGAGAGUUUUUAGUUGCCAAACAUAAACAGUCUUGAACAGGAUAAAUUCUUAGAGGGUUGCCGAGAAUAUUCUAUUCUCAGCACCCUGAUGUGGGACCUAUCCUUCAGAUUCUAAGCAGGAUGUAAGAAAUUGAAAGAGCAUAAGAAUUAAAGCCCUGUCACCUGUGUUCUCUCACCCUCAACUAAAUGUGGACCACUCUAAAGGACUUGUAAAAUGCUAAAGUUGAAAUCCCAGCCUGAGAUUUGCAGCCCAGGACUACAACCAGAAGAAGAGCAUGCCACAGAUUUCUACUUGACUGGAACAAAGACAUGAUCCACAAUUUUCUCUCCAAAGAAAGCUGUUGUGAAAUCAUGGGUAUUACUGCUCAGUUGGCAUUAAAUGAAAUCCAGGUCAAAUUCCAUUUGAUAAAUCCCAGGGACUAUCCAGGAAACUUUUUUUUUUUUUGAACUGUAUAUUGUGUUUGAGUAAAUGAGUCUUCUGAUAAGACUCAGAAUUUCGUUUUCAGAUACAACAAUUUUAAAAACUUUAAUUCUACAGUGACCUAACUUAUAUUUAGUCUGCUCUUGUCCAUGAGCUCCAAGAACCAACUUGGUAAGACUGGGGCCUUGCAAUUUAAAUCCUGGGGUUGUGGGAUUGAUACGAUACUUGCUAGACAAAGAUAGCUACUCAGAUUUGUUCAUCUUAAAACUUUUGAAUUCCUGUGGUUAUAGUAGGACCAGAAUGGUUCUCCUAAACAUACUAGAUGGAUGGUAUUGCUAAAUUGCUACCAGUUACACAUCGUCUAUUGCUCACCUUACUUUUUUUUUUCUUUUUUAAAUCAGCAUGGAAAUAGGAGAGACCAGCCCUGGCUAGUACUGUACUUGUUAUGAGUGAGGUAGAAGCACAUUAUGUGGCAUUUACUACAAUACCCAGGUUCUGCGGAGUACUGACAUAUUGCCCUCUGGGACCACAUUGUGUUCAGAGAAUAUUGUCUCUUUACGUGUAAUGUUUUACCAAAACAAACAUGUAAUGAUUUCUUGUUCCCUUCUUUAACUAGAUGCCUUUAGAUUUGAAUAUGCAGGGUCUUAAAAACCUAGGAAAGCAAUAGGUGAGAGUUGCAGAUGUAGAUGUAAUAUCAAAGGCAUUUCAAGACAAUUUUUAUUUCCUGUAGUAGGCUUAUUGGGACAAAGGAUAUGUGCUGCUAAAAAUAAAAUUAUGCCAUUUUAAAAUUAGAUAAAAUAUAGAGUGCCAUCCUGUUAGGUAUAUGCAGACCAAAAGAAAAUUUAGUUGGGGAAAUACUUAUUUUUCCAAAUUCUGGUUUUCUAUUAAAAUCAAAGAGGAGAAAAGGAAGAUUUUUUUUCUCUCUCUCAGAUUCUUAUAUAUAUAUUUUAGAUUUAUUUCUGUUUUAUAGAUUCCUUUAAAUACCUGGCUGUUUUUGUAUUACAUAUAUUUUAAAAUGAGCUAAACUUGUUUUUGGUCUCUCUUAUUGAAAGGUACCAAAGCUGCUUUCUGUUUUCUUUUUUUUAAACUUGAUUUUGCUCUAUAAGGUUUUGCUUUUUCUAGAAAUGCUUUUCAUUUAACAGUGUUUCUGAAGUGUCCGUGCCCACUUUGAUCUGCAUAAUCAUUGUUUAUAGAUAUCAGUGUGUAUGCGUUUGUCUCUACAGGCACUGGUGAAAUCUCAGAUUUUAUAUUCAGCAUUAAACAGAAAUACAUUCCAGAAAACACAUGCUUUGAAAAUGGAGUAUUUGUUCCUUACCAUUUCUUAUACCUUUUCUAAGUUUAGUUCUGCGUUUGGUUGAAACCUUCCUGUUUAGUUGGGAUGCCAUACUUCUACUCCCAUGAAUCUCAUACCUGAAUGCCGCAGAUUAGUUCUAAGACUGCGACAGAUCAUUGGACUGUUCGAGGAAACAUACGUGUAUGCGGUUCUGUGUAUAUGUGUGUUGGGAGGUGAUCACAGACCCCUCAGACAGUGACCAUGAUCAAGGAUGCCAUUAAAUCUCUUAUUCCCUUGGUUGGUUCCAACAGAUGAACAAUUGUGGUUUCCUGAGUACACUGAAGCCAUGGAAUGCUGGAUUUGUUCCCUUAAUUGGGUGUAGAAAACCAAGUACAGUGUAGCUGCCACCGUUAAACGGCAUGGCCCCCUUAGAUGCAGCCCUCUCUGAAAGCAGGAGAAAACAUUUCUGAAGGCAGUCUGAGGCUGAUCUCAUCACUGAACUAUUUCAGACCUUAAACACCAAGACAGAGGGAGGGUGAAGGAGGAAAACAGGCUGUAAGUUUGGAGGAAAUGUGCUAAAUUGUGAAACCAAAUAAGCCAGGUAAUCACUGCCCACUUAUAACCCCGAUUUUCAGUUUUCUUAGUUCUUCUAGAAAUGCAGGUCAGGUUGGUUUGGUCAUCCUUUCAAUCAGCAUGUGUUGAGCCCCUAGCACGCAGUGGGUUCUUUCUGAGCAGGACAGUAGUCUCCACCUGGAAGGAGGACAAAACAGAAUCAGGAGCAGCGGUUACUGCUGAGUGGUGAAUGAUGGAGCCGAGGUCAGUUUGUGGCACUCACUGAAACAUUAUGUAUAACCUUCUUUGUUUGUUACAACCCUGCCAAUUUUAAAAAUUAUUUCAUGCAGUGGAAUAUAUAUGCAUACACACAUACACAUAUACACACACACUAAAAUAUAAAGAGUAAUAAACCCCCCCCGUGCCUGUCACCAGCUCAUUGCCUUUCCUCCGAGGCGCUGUGUGCUAUCCUCUGGCCCUGUCUCACCCGUUUGAGAGCAGGAGCCCCUCUCCUGAACUCUCUUGAUCAUAGCCUUUCUGUCCUUUAUCAUAUGGAUCUUUAAACAAUAAUAAAUGGCAUUAAACUGUAUCUUCUGUCAUUUACUUGAUGUUCUUUGCAGUUGGGCAUUAUCAUUUUUAAGCAACCUGUUUUAUUUUCACUGCUAAGUACUACACUUCAUUAUAUGACUAUCUCACAGUUUUUCCCUUCUCCUGUUAUUAGAUAUUGAACUGCAUCUUUCUUUGAAAUAGAAAAAGGCAGUGUUGCUAUGAACAUUCUUUUAUAUUAAGACUUCUGGUGCACAUACCCAAGACUGGAUGUAUGCCUUGAAUAGAAUUGCUAUGUCAUACAAUAAAGCACAUUAUCAACUCUAAUAGAUAAGGCCAAAUUGUUUUCCAAAGUCAUGGUACCAACCUACACUUUCACUGGUAUCCUAGAAUUUUUGCCAAGCUGAAAAAUGUAAAAUGAUCUCUCUUUGUGGUUACAUGUUGUACAUAUUUGAUUACUAAUAAGUUGAACAUGUUUUAUUAUGAUAAUUCCUAAGUAGGAAUUUGGAAAUUCUUCUUCAUGUCUCUUACCUUUUUUCCUAUUGUGUUUUGUUUUUAAUUAUUAGUUUUUAUAAGUUCUUUAUACUUACCUUUUAUUGGUUAAUGCUUAUUUAACUAUUAAAGUAAAGAGAAACUAUAUUUAGAAUAGAAAAAUCUUCUGAAGCAAUUUCCAGAAGUAUGAAAGGCAUGUGAAAUUUUCUUCUAUUUGGAGAAAAUAAAGUUAAAUGCAUA